AUUUAUACAGACACUCUGUGAAUGAUAAUAAAUGUAUUUGAACAUCAUUUAAAUAAACACAAGCAACAAUCUUAAGAUAUUUCUGAUGAUGUUCUGCAGCGAGUUGAAGUUCCUUUAUGAAUAAACACUUGAAACAUUUCUAAAAAAAAAACAGUUCCUCUCUGCAUAAAUAGUGGCUUCACAAACACAGAAGAGGAACACAACACAGUCCACUAUGAGAGAGAAACUAGUGUUAGAUUACUGACACUGAAACUUUCAGAAAGUGGACAAAAAUACAGAAAAGGGAAAAUGAAGAGAGAACAUGGGAAAAGUAUCAGUGAUAUCUGUGAAAAUGACUUUGUUACAAAAGGAACAUCUGGAAAAAGGACCACAGACAGUCACACAACGAGAAUCCAGUCAUCUGAACUCACAGGAAGUGAUGGUGUGAUGAUCAGAAGGUCCAGAGCAGCUGCAGUAGUGUUUGUGCUGCUGUGUGUUCUUCUGCUGACUGCACGCAUUAUACUGUGUGCCACCUUCACUCAAGAGAGACAACAGCUGCUAACUACGAUCACCAACCUCACAGAAGAGAGAGACCAGCUACUUACUAAGAUCACCAACCUCACAGAAGAGAGAGACCAGCUGAAAUCAGAAAGAAAUGAUCUUCAGAAGAAGUUUGCGGAUGGAUGGAGGUGCCAUCAAUCCAGUCUUUACUUCUUUUCCUCUGAGACGAAGAACUGGGAUGAGAGCAGAAGAUACUGUAGAGAGAGAGGAGCAGAUCUGAUCAUCAUCAACAACAGGGAGGAACAAGAUUUUGUGAAGAAUAUUUGUGGUUCUGAACAUUUCUGGAUUGGUUUGACUGAUAUUGAAGUGGAGGGCAGAUGGAAAUGGGUUGAUGGCAGCACACUGACCUCUGGGUUCUGGGCGUCUGGAGAACCAAACAAUCAGGGAAACGAAGACUGUGCUAAUACACAUUCAUCAGGAUGCUUUGAUACUCCAUGUGAUAAUAGUGUUAAAUGGAUCUGUGAGAAGAGUAUCCUUAAAUGAUAAAUUAUAAUAAAAAUUUACAUAUAUGCAUUAUGAACAUAUAAAUGUCA